AGCUCUCAAUUAUCAUUGUACCCAAGCAGGUGGAUGUUUUCUAGGGAACUCACCAAUCUUUACCACCCCUUUCCCCGGCGCCAGAAGAACACUCUCAGCACCAAGCACACCAUGCGUGAGCUGGAGAUGAUUGUAAAUGUAGUCCAGGCCAUCAAGAAUCUCUUUGCAGAAUGCUGCCACCUCAUAAUAUCAAAGCAGUCCACAGAGUGUUGUGAAUACCUGGACAAGAGACACAUUCAAAACCUCAUAAUAGAGAAAGAUGGCGCCGUCGUGAUAGAGAGCCUCAUGCAGACUGACAAUAUUCUUGUGAGCGGCCAGCUUGAUCCUCAACAGCCACUCCUUGCUGUGAACUUUGAUCUCUUUCACAAGUCUCUUAUCAAAGAUGCUCUUCUUGGCAUGCACAAUGGUCCCAGCAGUCUCAUCUUUCCCAGUGUCAUUUUUUCACUUGAUACAUAGCUGAUAUCAAUCCUGAG